CAACUUACUGGUCAGUGGUCAGUCAGUUCGAAAGCUGUGAGGAUGAGGUGUUCGAGUUUAGCUUCGGUCUCCAAUGGCGGUUGGCAAAGUUUUGGCGCGCCAGUUACCGUUGGUGCUGCCACCUUCUGCCACCCUUUAGCAUCAACCAUUACUUACUCUAAUUCCAUCAACAGCCACCGCACCAGAAGGGCUUUAAUUGAAGUAGCUCGCACAACAGCUCCCGCUUCUCCUGUCAAUGGAUUUUCGGACUAUGAUCGCUUGCUUCCAUGUCCUUCACAAACUAGACCACCAAGAGUUGAGCACUUGAUUGUUUUAGAGGAAGGGUCUGUACUAGACUACAUAUGCAAAGCUCUGGAUCUUCCUCCUUUGUUUGUUGCAGACCUUAUUCAUUUUGGAGCUGUGCAUUAUGCCCUUGUAAGUCCACGUCCACCCCGCACCGCAACUCAAGAGCAGAUAAGGUUAUUUAAAGAGUUCACAGCUCCAUCAAUUCUGAGGAAGAGAGCUUCCAUCAAAGGGAAAACACUACAAGAAGCACAAAAAACAUUUCGUGUUACUCAAGUUGACCAGAUUCUUGAAAUUGGAACAUAUUUGCGGGUUUAUGUACAUCCAAAACGCUUCCCAAGAUGCUAUGAAAUCGAUUGGAGAUCAAGAAUUAUAGCCAUGACUGAAUCUUAUGUUGUUCUGGACAAACCUGCUGGUACAACUGUAGGAGGAACUACAAAUAAUUUAGAAGAAACUUGUGUUACCUUUGCCACUCGGGCUUUGGGGCUGACGAUCCCAUUGAAGACUACCCAUCAGAUUGACAAUUGCACAGAAGGCUGUGUGGUGUUAGCUAGGACUAAUGAAUACGCUCGAGUUUUCCAUGAAAAAUUCAGAGAGAACAAGGUGAAAAAGCUUUAUCUUGCUCUCGUCUCAUCUCCUGUGCCUGUCGGAAUAAUUGCACAUUACAUGCGUCCUGGUAAUUAUGCUCCAAGACUUGUUUCAGAAGAAUCUAUAGAAAAAUGGCACUUGUGUCAACUUGAGGUUUUGGAAUGUAGAAAAGUUCCUUGGCCAGACUCUGCAACUGAACAGAAGUAUUCUGUCGAAGACUCUGGGUGGCCUUCUAAAGAUUUUGCUUACGAGUGUAAGAUCGAUCUUCUUACUGGUCGAACACAUCAGAUUCGAGCUCAACUCGCUGCCUGUGGUGCACCGAUAGUGGGCGACUCCAUAUACAUGCCAGCUGCAAUUGCGGAAAUGGCCAAUCCGGGACUCGAUCCAUUUGGCAAACAUAAAAAACAAUACACCAAUGAACACGAUGAAUCGAAGGCUGUUACUGAGUGGGUGGCACAACACGGAAAGGAACCAAAUGUUGCUAUUGGACUCCAAGCUUGCCAAAUUUCGUGGGAUGACGGCGAGCACAUUUACACAGCUGGACCUCCCUGGUGGAGGACAUAAAGAAUUGCUUAGGAUUCUGUCAUAGAGCAGAAACUUCACUGCAUCAACCGCAGAUGUCCGGUGCAUAUCAGCUCUCAUCAGGAUUAAAAAGGCCAUGAGAGAUUCUCUAAUAAGGGGAGGGUUGUUUCUUGCCUCAAUGUAUUCAAUUUUCAUCAUCCGGUGAUCAUGGUGAUCAGUAUUUCAGUUCAAGAAAAAUGUAUAUUAAUUUCAACAAAAUUUAUUUAAU